GUUGCAUCACCUUAGAAAGACUUGACUCUUCUUGUAAGCAUUUGUUCACGACAACUUCCUAGCGAAGCCACACAAACAAAAUGAUGCUUCAGCAGCGGACAUGCGUCGCAGGCGCCCAGCGCUCCGUCGCGCAGCGUGUCGCCGCCCCUGUGAACAUCCGCGGUCGUAGCCGUCUAGUUGUUCGCGCCAGCGCUGAUGACGAGGAUGCCGAGUUGGAGAAGCGUCUAGCAAAGCUGCGCACGGCCAAGGGCGCGACUCCCUAUGGCGAGGGUGUGAAGGCUGCCCCCAAGCGGCCAGUGGUGGAGGACGCCCCCACCCCCAAGAAGAAGAAGGUUGUGGAGAAGGCGGUGUACGACUACAGCGAUGAGAAGCUGCACUACGAGGGGCCGCCCCACCGCGGCGACCUGGCAGUCAACCUGGCGCUGGGGACCACCCUGUUCUGGAUCCCGCUCACCAUCGCCGCCCUGGGCCGCGGCCUGUUCGUCAACUACCGCUUCACCGACAAGCGCAUCAGCGUCAAGACCACCGCGCCCUGGAAGAACGAGCAGUUGGACGCCGCCUACCAGGAGGUGAAGGAGGUGCGCUCCAUCCCGCGCGGCAUCGGCGCCUGGGGAGACAUGGUGGUGGUGCUGCGGGACGGGUCCAAGAUCGAGAUGCGCGCGCUGGACAACUUCCGCGAGCUGCAGGCCUACAUCCUGCGGCGCCGCGACGAGCUGACGCCCAAGGACAGCGGCAGCAGCGGCCGCGGGGCGCAGCUCACGCAGGAGGAGCUGCUGGGCGAGCCGGUGGCGGGCGGCAAGGGCAAGGGCAAGGGCUUCGCCUAAGCCCCCGGGCCGGGAGGCGAGGGCGGGCAGGGUGCUGUGCAUGGGGGCGAUGUGACUUGUGUGCGCCGCUGUGGAUGAGGCGGAGGCGGCGGAGGCGGAGGCGGCAAGGGCCGCGACUGCGGCGAUUACUAGGGCUGGGUUGGAGUUGGCGGAAGCGGCGGGGCCGGCAACUGGCGCGGUACCGCUGCGGUGUCGCUGUCUGUCUGUCUGGCGAGUUUGACUGGCACCGCCUGGGGCUCACAGCUCACAGCUCACAGCUCGCAGCUCCCAGCUUGUGAGACAGGCGACUGGCUAGCGCACAAGUCUGACAGGCGUAGGCGUAGGCGUAGGUGUGCCAGCGGCCAGAGCCUGUGGCUACAGCCAGCGAUGCUUGCAACAGGUAACUAACUUGAGAGUGAGGGGUAUGACGGAAGAACAGGGGCUGCGAGUCGGCCCACUUAGUGACUGACUCUUGUGAGAAGAUGACUCGACUAUGACGACGUAUUGACACAACACACUGAAACGUUGGUGGACGCUUAACAUAAUCAGGAUGGCUUUUUGUUUGAGGCCGGCAGCAGUGCACACACGCGAGCCUGUCAACAGUUUUGGAUCACACCCAGGCGUUUUUUUACCGUUUGGCCCGGGCCGUGGUACGUGUGUGGGAGUUGGGUGGAAUGGAGCGUGCUGUGGCUGAAGAAGUAGGUCGCCAUCAGGUAGCAACUAGACUGGUCACGAACAUGCUUUGGUGGGCGUGACUUGCGUGAGCGGGGUGCAGCGGCGCAGCGCACGCCGUGACGCCGGUAGUGUGUGAGGUCAGCCCGCCGCGCUUAACAUGGCGAUGCAUGUGCUAUACGACGUGAGAAUAUUCAUUCACUGUAUGAGUCUGCCGUUUUGUCACGUUUGCGUGAACGGCAGGGAGAGGAGCACCGUAGCCGUGGGGGCAGAGGCCCUGACUUGGCUAUACUGGUGUCGAGGUGUAACACGCCCCAGUA